AAGCAGUUUUGUAAAACACAAAGGAGGUUCAAAACCAAGCUGUCCAGAAAGACUGGAAUUCCAGCUCCCUUUAUAGCCAAUCUCCCUUCUCUGUCAUUUUUGCAAGACUGUUCAAACCAGAUAUUACUGCUUGGUCACAACCUAUCCUUUCAUCACUGGGAUCUGUCUAUCUGUGUUGUCUGGGAACUGCUCUUGUGUACUAUCUGGUGAUUCUCGAAAGCCAUUCUCAUCAACCAGUAAAUCAGAGAGACAUAUCACAAUAAUCACAAGCACCGCAUGAAGAUUUCCUUGAUGUGACCUCAGUGAAGAAAGCCCUGUUAUUAUAAACACAUGUCACCACUUCACACGAGCAACAAACACAAGCUCAGCUAGAUACGGCCUUAACUGGAAGGGAGCUUGCAGCAAAAGGAGGUCUCCCUUUUGCCUUUUCUAUACACGAGGAGGCUUGGUGAGAUACUGACAUGAUGACACUGAUUUCCAGCCUUGAGGUGCUGGUGUGUCUGCUCUGCACCACACGCUGGGCGGAGGGCACCUUUCUGAGAGUCAACAAAGGGCUGAAGGUAAUGAAAGGGCAAUCAGCCUUCCUGGCAGAGGAAGACCUACAGUUUGACAUCCCCAAAGAGAAGGACGCAUGCAAGGUAGAGGUGGUCACCAAUGAGCCCAUCACCCAACGGGUGGGCAGGCUAACACCACAGGUGUUUGACUGUCAUUUUCUCCCAGAUGAAGUGAAAUAUGUCCACAAUGGCUGUCCAAUUCUCAAUGAAGACAACAUCUUACUUCGGCUUUACAGGUUUACUGAGACAGAGACAUUCACAGAAAUGUUCCACCUGCACGUGAAGCUGAUUGAACCUGACUGCAACAUCAUCACGCUGGGACCCAAGUCCUUGGAGGUGCCGGAGUUCUAUGGCAUCUCCAACGUUAUUGAUAGGAACUCGCUGUCCUUCAAUUAUGACCGGAAGCUGAAUUUAGAGUGCACAGUCAGGGUGGCCACUCAGGAGACUCUUCUUCCUGUUCACGGACAGCUGGUCAUCGGGGAACCAGAAAGGACAGAGCCACGAGGAGAUGAGCCACACAGCUUUGUCCCCAUAGCCCAGAGAAUAAUGAAUAGGGCAGGAGUGAAGUGUAAAGAUGAGAUCUGCCGGCAGGGACUGAAACUGGUUCAGACCACCAAAGUGAACUGUGAUGACUUCCUACUGAUGGGCCUGAGGUACCAGCACCUGGAUCCACCCUCACCUGAUAUUGACUAUAUUGCUAUAAGGCUGGACCUCACUGACUCCAGAAGCAGAAAUAUUCACAAGUCCGAGCAUGCUUGGAUCCCGGUCCGCAUCAAGAACGCAAUCCCAAACCAGUCUCCCAAACCGGCCUUCAUGUCCAUGUUCAUCCUGGAGGUGGAUCAGUUCAUUCUCACCCCUCUGACUACAGGCGCACUAGACGCUGAAGACAGCGAGACCCCCAAGUCUCUGCUCAUCUUCAACAUCACCAGGCCUCCGCCUCAGGGCUACAUCACCCACUUGUCUGACCACACGAAACCAAUCUCAUCCUUCACCUGGAAUGACCUCAAUGAGAUACUGAUAGCCUACCAGCCCCCAAACAGCAGUCACACAGAGCGGAGGAACUAUGAGGUCGAGUUUGAGGUCCAUGAUUUCUUCUUUGAGAGAAGCUCACCGAUUAUGGUGCAUAUCUCAAUCAGAACAGCAGACACCAAUGCUCCCAGAGUUUCUUGGAACAUGGGUCUUGCUCUCUUAGAAGGACAGUCCCGCCCAAUCACCUGGGACCAGUUUCAGAUUGUAGACAACGAUAACAUAAAAGUGGUUCGUCUGAUCACUGUGGAUGGGCUACAGCAUGGCAGGCUUACUGUAAGAGGGGGAAAAGGCUUUAUGUUCACCGUGAGCGACAUCAAAGCUGGGGUUGUGCGUUACCACCAUGAUGACAGUGAUACCACUAAAGACUUUGUAGUCUUCAGGAUAUUCGAUGGGCGCCACAGCACACGCCACAAGUUCCCCAUCAACAUCCUGCCGAAGGACGACAGCCCACCCUUCCUCAUCACCAAUGUGAUGCUGGAGCUGUGUGAGGGCCAGACCGCCCUUAUUCAGAGCUCCAUGCUGCAGGCCUCUGACAUGGACUCCAGCGAUGACUACAUUGUCUUCAACAUCACCCGCCUGCCACAGGCCGGGGAGAUCCUGAAGAAACCAAGCCCUGAAGUCAUAGGUUAUCCUGUAGGUCGGUUCCUUCAGAGAGAUCUGUUCAACGCCAUUGUGCAUUAUCAGCAUCUGGGAAAUGAAGUGUUUGAGGAUUCCUUUGAGUUUAUUCUCUCAGACAGCCAUGACCCACCCAAUCUAUCAGAACCACAGGUCGUCAUAGUGCACAUAACUCCUGUGGAUGACCAGCUGCCUAAAGAAGCACCUGGGGUUGUUCGGUAUCUGGUUGUCAAGGAGACAGAGGUUGUGCACCUGACCAAGAAGCAGCUACACUUCACAGAUGUAGAGUCACCUGACAGAGAGCUCACCUACACCAUCACCACCCCUCCAUUCUUUACCUCUGUUUAUGGGAGACCUGAUGCUGGAAAACUGUUCCUGGUCGACAGCAUCCCUAAAUUUACAAAAGAUCCGGCUGCUCCCAUGCUGAGGUUGUUUACACAGCAUGCUGUGAACUACAUGAAGGUGGCCUACAUGCCUCCAAUCCAGGAUAUAGGACCCGACCCUCAGCACAUACAGUUUGUGUUCUCUGUCACUAACCAACAUGGCGGCACAUUAAUUGGCAUCUGCUUCAACAUUACAGUCCUGCCAGUGGAUAACCAGCCACCUGAGGUGUUCACCAACCAGCUGAAGGUGGAGGAAGGAGGGGUGUGUCUAGUGUCUGUGGACCACCUGCUGGUGACGGACUGGGACACCAGAGAGGAGACAAUACGGGUUCGACUGGAGAGAAAGCCCCAUCACGGGGAGGUGGAGCUGGAUGGCUUCCCCAUCAAGGAGGGGGGAACCUUCACCUUGCAGGACAUCAAAAACCAAAAAGUUAGAUAUCGUCAUGACAGCUCUGAGACGCUUCAGGAUGACAUUCUCUUUAUUGCUUCAGAUGGCAUCAAUUCUGCAGAUUUUGUUCUGCAAGUCAAGGUGUUGCCAGUUAAUGAUGAAGUGCCGGUGGUAAAACCAGGCCUUAAUCCCAUGUUGCAUUGCGCAGAGGGCCAGGAAGUGAUUAUCACUUCCAAAUACAUCUACUCCACCGACAGUGACAGUGAUGACCAGAAGCUCACCUACAUGAUUGCACGUCAGCCAUACCAUGGAGUAGUGCGUAAGAAUGGUAACAUUGUGGAUCGGUUCAUCCAGGCUGAUAUUAUUGCUGGGACUGUCACAUUCAGGCAUACAGGAGGGGAGAUUGGACUGAAUCCCCAGUUUGACACCAUAACCUUUGUUAUCUCUGAUGAAGAAGCCGGCACGCAUCAGAGCUGCUGCUAUGAUGGGCCUCUUCCACCUGCAGUGCGGCUUCAUGAUUUGCUUCCUGUGUACGACCUUAAAAUCACUGUCUUUCCUGUUGAUAACCAGCCUCCCACCAUCAUCACUGGGGACAUGUUUGUUGUUGAUGAAGGAUCUUCAGCCCCAAUAACUAUCAACCACCUGAGUGUCAGCGAUGCUGAUACUCCUCUGGAAGAGUUAGAGUGUGUCCUGGCUUCUCCUCCACAGUUUGGCUACAUAGAAAACGUUCUGCCAACUCCAGGGUUUGAAAAGAGUAAUAUGGGCAUCAGCAUAGGCUCAUUUACCAUGAAACACGUGAAGGAACGCCAUAUUAACUACGUGCAGUCUCGACACAAGAGGACCGAACCCACUGCAGACCAGUUCAUGAUCUAUGUCACAGAUGGCAAACACCGUUCCAUUGAAACACCCUUUUACGUCAUAAUCAACCCAACUAAUGAUGAAGUCCCACAUUUUUUGGCAAGGAACAUCACUGUGCAAGAGGGCCAAAUGAAGGAACUGGGCCCAUCUAUAAUCAACGUAGUGGACUUAGAUAUCCCCCAAGACAACCUGGAAUUCACCAUAAUUCAACAGCCACAGCAUGGAAUGAUUAUGAAUGGAAUCUAUGGAAAUGACAUCACACGCUAUAAACAACAUAUCAAUGGUCACCACAAUCAUGAGCUUCCUGUGCAUGAUUUCUCAAUGGACGACCUGAAGCACGGAAUGAAGCUUAUGUACAUACAUGAUGACUCAGAGAAUAUGGAUGAUGGCUUCACGAUUCAGCUGUCUGAUGGAAAACACAAUGUCCGCAGAUUUGUUUCGGUCAAGAUCUUUCCUGUCAACGAUGAGAAACCCCAAGUUAUAAAGAACAAUGGAUUGGAUGUGGGGAUGGGAGAAUCCAGGAUUAUUUCCAGUGCAACCCUCUCUGCAGAAGAUAAUGACUCUCCUGGCGAGCAUCUCUACUUUGUGUUUGAUGGCAUUCCAAAGCAAGGAGUACUUCAGAGAAAGGUAGGCUCUGACUGGGUUGCUGUCUCUGCUGGGAUGAACUGCACUCAGGAGGACAUUGAUAUGAACCUCCUGAGGUACACGCACACAGGAGCUGUAGGACUCCUAGGCCAGGAUUCCUUCAGCUUUCAUCUAUGGGAUGGGAGCAACCGGUCUCCAGCUCAGCACUUCUACAUCACAGUCAAGGACAUGGAGAAAGGAGACAUUGCUGUUUUUGUUAAACCCCUCAAAAUCUCCAAAGGAGAGCAGGUGAUGUUGACCACUGAUACUUUGCUUUCCGUGGAUGGCACUGACAAGCCUGAAGAGCUGAUGUAUGUCAUUACCUCUCCGCCUGCCGGUGGCCACAUAGAGUAUGUCAGCUACCCCGGGGUGCCCAUCACCACUUUCAGCCAGAUGGAUAUCGCUGCACAGACUGUCUGCUUUGUUCAUGACAACAGAGCACAUUCACUGAAGGAGGUGUUGAGAUUUGUCGUCAGCAACGGCCUGUCCACUCAGAAUGGGACGAUGGAGAUUGCCGUGGAGACUGCUGACCGUGUCCUGCCUACGGUCUCCCGCAAUACGGGCCUGCUGGUGCUGGAGGGCUCGAUGAUGGUGAUUCCACCCGAGGCCCUGCAGCUCUCUGACCCGGACACCCCGGCACACAGCCUCACUUUCCAGCUGGCACAGCUCCCACGAUACGGGCAGCUCUCCCGGCGCGGUGCCCCGCUGCUUCAGCACAGCUUCACCCAGCUCGAUGUGAACAGCAGGGACCUGGCCUACAAACACACUGGAGGGGACUCCCAGAUAGACCGCUUCAGCUUUGUGGCUUCUGACGGGACCAACCACGGUUUCCUCAUUGACAGGGAAAAGCAGACAGAGCCAGUUUUCUUCACUAUCCAGGUAGAGCAACUAGACAAGUCUUCUCCUAGAAUCGUUCACCUCCAGUGCGUAUCAAAGGUGGAAUUGUUGAAGGACGGCCGUUACGGGAGCUACAUCUCCUCCAGAGACUUGAAAGCAACAGAUGCCGAUACCAAGGAUGAGGAGAUCAUCUUCCAGAUACUACGGCCUCCUGAUUUUGGUUACCUGGAAAACGCGACAACAGGAGACUUUGUUCGACAGAGGUUUACUCAGAAGGAUUUAAACAGAAGACAUAUUCUUUAUGUCAUCAAUCCAUCUCUGGAGGCCCUGUCUGACAGCCUGGAGUUUUUGGUCUCAGACCCAACAGGAAAUACUGGAAUUCCACAAAUGCUUGAACUGAAGUGGUCUCGAAUCGAGUUCUCCCAGUCUGAGUAUGUGGUGUGUGAAGAUGUAGGGACACUUUCAUUGCCAAUCACUAGAGAGGGCUAUGCGAUGGAGUCUUCUUUCAUUGGAAUCAAGGUCAAUGAGAUCUCUGCUUCUGUCGGGAAGGAUUUUACUCUCAGCCCCUCCAGUUUGAUCCAGUUUGAUCCUGGGGUUUCGACCAGGACUUGGAACAUAGGGAUUACAAGUCACAGACUGGAAGAAGCUGAGGAGGUGUUUGAGGUGGUUCUCAACUCCCCUGUUAACACUGUGCUAGGAAGCAAGACGAAAUUAGUGGUGAGAAUCACUGACUCAAGGAAAGGUCAGUGUAGUAACAGUAAAAACACUGGCCAGGUCCCAGCUGUCCCUCGACUAAGAGGUCAGCCGUCCCCAGUCACUGCUGAGUAUCCUCCCCCCAGCCAUGGUGUAAUCCAAGUGGAGAAAAUCUCACUUACCCCUGUAGAGGGCACUGGGUGGACAAGAGGCGAUGUAUCACAGGAAUACAACCCACCUCCACCAAAGAAAAGACUCAGGGUCAUUGGAAAUGGGAAAACGGUCCAUCCUUCAUAUGUUGAACGAAAUGGGACAGAUGUAGUGUUUACAUACCAUGGGAUCAUGUCGCUCAGAGUGGAGGAUGAUAGCUCUCCAUCUAACUCUGGCAAAAGAGCCAAGGUACUGGUUACCAGUAGAGGGCAGCAGAGGUAUCCUGUUGGUUCUCCUAGAUCCACUGAGCUCCUGCAUUCUGACAGAGCCACUGUCCACUCCACAAAACAGGAUGACUACAGCAGAUCCUUUCCUAAGCCCUGCACACCUGACCUGAAACGCCUUCUUCAUUUUGACCAAAGUGCCCAAAAACUGUUUCAUUGUGAUGGGAUUUCUUGGAAACCAUGGAAGCCAACCAGUGAUGACAUCAAUGCUAAAAAAUGUCCUCCUGGAUGGAUCUACCAUGGAACCCAUUGCUACUACAUCAGCACUGACCACAAAUCAACAUGGAAUUCAGCUGCAAGAGCUUGCAAGGAAAUACAUCGUGGCAAUCUGGUUAGUGUCCUCUCAAAACCUGAUAUGACGUGGCUGUGGGAUUUCAGCGGAAGGAAGCCAUUUUGGAUUGGCCUGAAUGACAGAGUGAAGGCAGGGAAAUGGGAGUGGCUUGGUGGAGAGCCAGUGUCCUUCACAAACUGGAGGAAAGGACCCCCACGGGCAUCAAGGAAGGCUGGAAAGAACUGUGUGUUAGUGCAGAGAAGAGGGAAGUGGCAAGUGAAAGAUUGCAGAAAAGGAAAAAGUCAUAACUAUGUCUGCUAUGUGAAAACAUGAGGAAACCUGACCAUCUGUGAGACACAAAAAGAAGGACAUUAAGUAUACAAUACAGGUUUCUAGUAUAAAACGUGAAGGUUUGUUAAUAAAACAGGCACCCCUUUAAGUUAUUGGGUUAUCUGUGAUUAUUGUUAUAAACUGUAUGAUAUUUUGAAUGGGGUUACUAAUUCUGUACUCAAAGAAGAACCUUCUUUCGGUCUGUAAUUUGAAUACUUUUUGUACUGUGUAUAGCAGUAUCCAUAAGUGUCCAGUGCCACCCUUUAGAAAAAGGAAAUGGGUUUAUACUUUAUUUAAUGGUCUGCUUGGUUAAAGGUAACUAGAAUAUUUUGUUAUAAAAUAACAACUGCUUAUUGUACAUAUUUUAUUCUACAUGUAUUUAUUUUUAAUCAAGCACACAAUGCUAAAAGAAGAGCUUUGUGUAACUAGUGUGUUUGUAUGCUGGUGAUUCUGGUGCCUUCAUAACUGUUAUAACCUGGUGUCAAGGGUGACUGUCCAGUCCUGCUUUAGGUUUUGUGAUUUAAAAGCAUUGCAAGUUACAACAACAGAAAUUUUAAAAUACUUUGCAGUUGAGGGCAUUUAUGAUGUACUAACAGUGCAUUUAGUAAACAGCUCUGCUAUUCAUAAAGGACAUGACAAGAAUGAGAUAGAAACAAAAUAAACUUCAUUUCACAAUAAACAAAUAUGUCACAUUUGUAAUUGCACAUGCAUACCUAUCAUCUUACAAAGUUGUACUGAAACACUGGUUUUAUCCUUAUGAUGACUACAACUGUUGUGAUAAAUUAAUUCAAUCUGAUAAUUCUGGUCUGUCAAACAUCAUAAUGUUACUUAACACAAGAAAUAUAAAUAGUGUUUUCACCAGAGUGGUUACUGUAGUUCAGGGGUCUCCAACACUGGUCUUGGAGAGCCCCAAUCCUGCAGGUUUUUUAGGUGUCUUUAGGUCAGCAAUGGCUAAAGAUCAAGAACACAUGUUUGUCUUGACUAAUUAAGCCAAUAAUUCGUUCAAUUAAGUAACUGAGAGCUUGGUUGAAACGAAAACCAGAAGACCCUGUAGCUCUUCAGGAUCAGGAUUGGAGACCCCUGGUAUAGACCAUUUGUUUUGACAAUAUAUUACAAAGGUAUGUAUGUAAUUGAAUUAUGGUAAUUUAUUAAGUUUUAAUGCUUGGUAUCAAAGGACCAUGGUAAGUUUCCAAAGAAGUUUUUCUACUACAAAUCUAGAAUGGUGAAGGACCCAGAACAGUCCAUAAAGAUAGUAUCCGGAUCUGCAUAUGCAUUGUCAUGGCACCUAAAGACAUUGAGUGGCUGGACUAUGACUAUGUUGUUUGGUCGUUAAGCAGAGCUCUGUUCUCUAUCUGGUCCACCUCUGGAACAGACACUAUUUCACAUUGGAAGUGGACAAAUCUCUUUGGAAACUUACCAUGGUCCUUUUGCCAGAUCAUCCUUUUUGACUGGAAAUGUAGAUUAGCAUUGUCCCAUAGGCUUGAUAUUAUACACAGGGUAUAUGAGAAUGCUUAAUGUCAAUGUUAAAAAAACAAAAGGGAAGAGAAAAACAGGACAGGACAGUGUGAUGUCCGAUUUGCAGAUAAACUGCAAAUACUGCAUGCCUCAGUACAUAAUAACACACAAUAUCAAACAAGUGAGGAUGGCUCACUAACAAAUGAGUGGCAAAGACACAUUUCUCAUUGAAUGCCAUCCUCAUUCAUGUCACAAGACAUUACCUAAACCAGAUGGCUCAUGAAGAUGUGCUUUUUUAUCUCUGAAUUUAAAAAAUAAUAAUACAGCUUUUUUGUCAUUUUUAAUGCCUAUUCUUGCUGCCUUUCUAAUGUUACUAGGACCCAAUAAAAAUUAAAUGUGUACAUUAUCUCAACAAUACUAUCCUAUGGCAGUAUACUGUGGUUAAAGAAACUGAAUAUGUAAAAUAUUUGUUAGAACCGGGUAUUUCCAGAGCAAUUGUUUGUUUAAAUGAUAUUGCCUUUAAAUUUUUCUCUUAGAAACUGAACAUGGUGCUAAAUUAAUAACAUUUUCAUCAGGUUUUGCCAGAGAUGAUGUUCCCAGUUUACUAAGCGUUUGCUUGUAAGGUUAAUUUGUAAAUUGUUUCUUAUCAAAUGGGGUAAACUUUGCUGCGCAGCAAAACUACUGGCUUAAUGUCUGUUAUAUGUGUUUGUCCAUUUAUCAAAGUUGUAUGUUACUUUUAUAUUACAGUUAUGUACUGUAUUAAUGUUUAAGAAUGUAAUAGAAAUGUAAUUAAACCUAAAAUAUUUUAA